AUGAGGAUAGAAGUGAACCAUUUCAAGAGCAUAUGCUUUCCUCAAAGUACAGAGAAUUUCUUUCACCCAGCAGAAAUUGACCCCCAGAUUCGAUCUGCCCUACUUGAGAAGUAUCAUCACGAACUCGAGCAGUGUAGUCCUCGAGAAACAUGGGUUGGCGACGCCCACCAGAAAUCGACACCCUAUCCGAUACUUGGCAGUGAAGUGCACCAAAUCCAACUGCAAGACCUCAGUGAGGCUCUAGUGAUAGCAAUCACUGAUAUCGUGGAACGAUGGUGGGUGGACACUAGCGCUCGUUUUCCGGAGCGCAUGCCGAUCGAACCAAUGGAGGAACGACUUUUGCAGUGGAUGGAUCAAUUGGAACCGCAUAUCAUUCGUCCAUACAAGUCCUGCCAAGGUUCUUGGAGGCCAGACUUCCUGCUCGAAUCCUCUGAUGACCCCGAGGGAAUUGAGAACUUUAGAAUUUGUGAGAUCAACGCUCGGUUCUUCUCAAAUGGGUUUUUCUUCACUGCUUUUGGUCAGCAGGCCUUGCUGAACAUGGGUCUCGAGAAAUGUGGCCUUAAAGGAGCCACAGAUCCGCAUAGGAUCAUUACUGGAAUAAACAGUCUUUUUGAUCCUGCACUUCCUUUACAUAUUGUCAAGGGAGAUGAACAUGGAUUCGAUAUUCACAUGCUCGUUCCGCGUUUACGACGCUACUUGGGAAUGGAUGUCAAGGUCAUUUCCCCUGGGAAUCUGAGAUUGAUUCCUGCGGCUUCCCCAGGAGGAUACAAGCUAUUUUGUCUGUCAGAACCCCAAUCUCAACAGACAAAAAUAUCGAGUGCGGCCAGCGAGUUCCUGGAGGAAGUGCAUCAGAUCGGACUGGAGCUCCAUCAGCGAGAGUUGCUUACUAUGAGCUUCGAGAUGCUUCAGCAAAUCAGUCUGAGGUGCUUCAAUGACCUGCGCACUAUUUUCCUUGUUCACGACAAGCGCAUGCUAGGGUUGGUCAGAGAGGAGCUCGACUCUUUGGUUGCGCGAAAGGUCCUCUCGGUGCAACAAUCCGACUUGCUUGGUCGAGGACUUGCUCACACAAUUAUUCCCGGAUCCGAUAGCUUGCAUCAGUUGAUGUUGAAUUGCAAUGUGAAGGCUGCCACAAGGAGCAAUUACCUACUCAAACCUGUUCGCGGCGGUAAAGGGAGCGGAAUUCUGUUCGGAGAUCAGGUGUCACAGAAGAAAUGGCUUUCACUUCUCCGUGCCAUGCGAGAUCCCCAUCUUAGACGCGGAAAGACAACACAUGUUGUCCAAAAAAAGAUCCAACAAAAGAGAUACGAUGUUCUGCUGGAGGAAAACUCUGCCGCUGGGUGCUUUCCUCUCGUUGGGACAUUCCAUGUCGCGCAUGGCGCUUUCCUGGGCCUUGGACUCUGGCGAAGUGGCCCCGGUCGAAUUUGUGCUUUGAGUCGUGGAGGUUCCUGGAUGUGCUCCGUGUUACCGCAGUGA